AUGCCACGGUGCAGCCCCUGCGAGCUAGCAGACGUUGACUGUGUCGUGACUGGCCCUUCUGGCUCGGGAAACUACAAUAGACAAUAUGUUGCAUCGCUCCAAGCCAAGGUCUGUGCCUUGGAAAAGCGCGAGAACGAGCUUAAAGCUCUGGUGAGAAGAGAGAAAUUGCGCUUGAGGAGAACCUCCUCAGACAUCGUCACAGAACGAGAAGCCUUUGCCGUUACCAGGAAAGCCAAGGACAGCCCAUCGACAGCUACUUCAAAUGUUUCCAUCAGCGAACACGGAAUGCAUGGAAUGGGGUAA